UUAGCUUCCACACAGGAGUCAAAACUAGAAACCUGGGGCACUAACAAAUUUACAUGGACCCAUUGACUGGAUAAUUUCAAGCUGAAGUGAGUCAAACUUCAACAACACUGUAAAGUGCUUAAUAGCUAAGGUAGAAAUAAUUAAGACCUUUUAGAUCUCUUUUUGUUGCUGGCUUCUCUAUUAUUCCAUUUUGCCAAUAUUCAAAAUAUCUAUGGAGCAAGAGAAAAGAAAGGGCAAUACAUUAUUUUAACCAGAAUCAGGUGUCAAAGUAUAUAGAAAGUUAGUCUACUUCACCCAAACUGUCAAUCCACAUGGUAAACUGCAACAACGAUGGGGAAAACCCUCAAAUGUUAAUCUGGUUUGACAGGCUUAUUCUGGUUUAGGUCAUUUUGUGCUUUCCUGUGCUGUUUCAAACCUCAGUGUAAAAAGCAAAGCCCCUCACCUUGAAAACAAGACCAUUAAAGAUAUUUUGUGCAGACAUUCAGAGAACUGCAGUAAAGUGUUACAGUCUGAAGACAGUGGGUUGGCUUAGGUUCCAGUAGGGUUAAGGGAGGUUCUUGCAAGCAGUGGGAUAGACUGGGAUCUCCACCCCUUGCUGCAAUUAUAAAGGCACUAACAUAUAAGGAAGGAGACAGGGAGGAGUUGAAGGGCCAACUCCUUUCCUCUGUAGCGCUUGGUGAGGAAUGUUGCAGAGCUGUUAAACUAGUGGGCAAUGAAUUGUUUCUUGGGAAGAGAGCUUACCUCUUUCUUCUGUCUCCCAGUGAGAAAAAUGUGGCUGAAGUUUCUUUUGGCUAUUCUUCUCCUGCAUGUAACAGCUGCCAAGGAGCCUGAGCCGCAGUAUGUCCUGAUGGUGCCUGCUGUCCUUCAGUCUGACUCUCCAGGUCAGGUUUGCCUGCAGUUCCUUAACCUCAAGGAGACAAUAUCCGUCAGAGUCAUCCUAGAAUAUGGUGCUGUUAACACCACUAUUUUUGAGAAAACCAUGACAGCAAGCAAUGGCCUACAGUGCUUCAACUUCACGAUUCCUUCUGUCAAUUCUUCACCAUUGGCUUUCAUUUCCUUCUCUGCCAAGGGCACCACAGUUAGCCUAGAAGAGCGGCGGUCAGUGAUGAUCUGGAACACGGAAAGCAUUGUCUUUGUGCAGACAGACAAACCCAUCUACAAACCAGGACAGAGUGUGAUGUUUCGUGUUGUUGCCCUGGAUUUCAAUUUUAAACCUGUUCAGGAGAUGUACCCCUCGAUUGCAAUUCAGGAUCCACGAGGCAACAGGAUCUUUCAGUGGCAAAAUGUGACGUCAGAGAUUAACAUUAUCCAGAUUGAAUUCCCACUAACUGAAGAGCCUAUCCUGGGGAACUACAAAAUUAUUGUAGCAAAGAAGUCAGGAGAUAAAACAAAUCACUCGUUCCUUGUGGAGGAAUAUGUGUUGCCAAAAUUUGAUGUCACAGUCACUGCACCAGAAAGCCUUACAGUCCUGGAUUCAGAGUUUACAGUGAAAGUCUGUGGAGUGUACACCUAUGGCCAGCCUGUAGAAGGGAAAGUCCAGCUCAGCGUGUGCAGGGAUUUUGAUUCAUAUGGGAGGUGCAAGAAAAGCCCAGUUUGUCAAUCAUUUACCAAAGAUCUGGAUACAGACGGCUGCCUCUCCCAGGUUUUCAGCUCCAAUAUCUUUGAGCUAAAUCGCAUUGGUUACAUGAGGAAUCUUGACGUGAAAGCCAUUGUCACAGAGAAAGGAACAGGCCUGCAACUUACAGCUACUCAGUCUAUUUCCAUAACACGGGUGAUGAGCAGUACACAGUUUGAGAACAUGGAUCGCCACUACAGAAGAGGAAUUCCUUACUUUGGACAGAUCAAGCUGGUAGACAAAGACAACUCUCCUAUUUCCAGUGAGGUUAUUCAGCUCUUUGUCAACAACAAGAACACAAACAACUUUACAACUGAUGAUAAUGGCAUUGCAGAGUUUAGCAUUGAUACAUCUGAAAUGUUUGAUCCUGAGAUCAGUCUGAGAGCAACUUAUAAAACCAGUGACCACUGCCACUCUGAAGGCUGGAUAGAGCCUUCCUACCCUGAUGCAUCUCUCUCCAUCCAGCGCUUCUACUCUUGGACUAGCAGUUUUGUGAGAAUUGAGCCUUUGUGGAAAGAUCUGAGCUGUGGGCAGAAGAGGAUGAUCACUGUGCACUAUGUCUUGAACACAGAAGGGUACGAGAGCAUCAACACCAUGAACUUCUACUAUGUGGUAAGUGUGGGGUUUUUGCAUGGUUUGCUGAAAGGGCUUGAUCGGGCAGCUAUCUGGCAGUUCAUCCACAGCAAUGACAGCCGUGCGUGCUCUUCCUGGUUUUGGAUUACCAGCCAGCACAACGGCAAACAACCCAAGGACAGAAACAGCACUGAGGUGGUUUGGCAAAACUACCCACUCAGGAAAAAUGACCCCCAUUUCUGGCCUUGUAACUCUAUUUCAUAUGACAAGGGCCCCAGCAGUAGCAGCAGCAGUGGCAGCAUCCAUCGUGCCCUAAGGCUGAUAUUUAACCAUUUGAAGCCAUCUCAAUGUACGUGCCUUGAUCGUCCUGUCGAUGGCAUGGCAAAAGGCAAGAUUGUCCUUACAGGGGAAAUUAAAGUCAAUAUCCAAGCUGACCAAAACAGCAAUUUCACCAUCCCACUUGUGGUCAAUGAGAAAAUGGCUCCUGCCCUUCGGUUGCUGGUAUAUACCUUACAUCCUGCCAAGGAGCUGGUGGCAGACAGUGUCCGGUUUCCAGUUGAGAAGUGUUUCAAAAACAAGGUCCAGUUGCAGUUCUCCGAAAAGCAGAUGCGCUCAGCUUCCAAUGUCAGUUUAGUCAUUGAAGCUGCUGCCAACUCCUUCUGUGCUGUGAGGGCAGUGGAUCAGAGCGUGCUACUCUUGAAGUCCGAGACAGAGCUGUCUGCUGAAACGAUAUACAGCCUGCAUCCCCUGCAAGAUUUUCAAGGCUACAUCUUCAAUGGGCUCAAUCUAGAAGAUGACCCCCAAGACCCCUGUGUCUCAUCUGACAACAUCUUUCACAAAGGCUUGUAUUACACACCUGUAAUGUCUGGAUUAGGCCCAGAUGUAUAUCAGUUCCUCAGGGACAUGGGCAUGAAAUUUUUUACCAACUCAAAGGUUCGGCAACCAGUUGUGUGUUCUAGUGAGACUGCAAGACCUACACAAUAUUUCUUGAAUGCAGGAUUCAUGGCUUCUACACACCAUGUUAAAUCAUCAGCUGAAGUUGCCAGAGAGGAACGUGGGAAGAGACUCAUCCUUGAGACUAUUCGGGAAUUCUUCCCUGAAACUUGGAUUUGGGAUAUAGUCCUAAUUAACUCUACUGGAAAAGCCAGCAUCUCAUACACCGUCCCUGACACCAUCACCGAAUGGAAGGCCAGUGCCUUCUGUGUGGAAGAGUUGGUUGGAUUUGGUAUGUCUGUGCCUGCUACCCUGGCAGUCUUCCAGCCUUUCUUUGUGGACUUGACCUUGCCAUACUCUAUCAUCCGAGGAGAAGAUUUCCUGCUUAGAGCCAAUGUCUUCAACUACCUUGACCACUGCAUUAAGAUUAACAUUUCGCUGUCAGAUUCCCUUGAUUAUCAGGCCAAACUGAUCUCCCCAGAAGAUGAUGGAUGUGUAUGUGCCAAACAAAGAAAGACCUAUGUCUGGAAUAUUUUCCCCAAAAAAAUCGGUAAUGUAGUAUUCAGCAUUACCGCAGAGACCAAGGAUGAUGGAGCUUGCGGAGGCAAAGCACCUAGGAACAUCAGUAUUGACUACAGGGACACCCAGAUCAGAACACUGUUGGUUGAGCCUGAAGGCAUCAGAAGGGAAAAGACCCAAAAUUCCCUAAUCUGUACAAAAGACGAUGUGGUUUUUCAAGAUGUUGCUCUAGAUCUACCUACAAAUGUGGUGGAAGGAUCAGCCAGAGCUUCCUUUUCUGUUGUUGGCGACAUCAUGGGUGCUGCCAUGCAGAAUGUGCACCAGCUGCUCCAGAUGCCAUUCGGCUGUGGGGAGCAGAACAUGGUCCUGUUUGCACCCAACAUCUAUGUCCUGGACUAUCUGAACAAGACAGGGCAGCUGAGCGAGGAGGUCAAAUCCAAGGCCAUUGGAUACUUAGUGAGCGGCUACCAGAAGCAGCUGUCAUACAAACAUCCAGAUGGGUCCUACAGCAUCUUUGGCACCAGAGACAAAGAAGGGAACACCUGGCUCACUGCCUUUGUGUACAAAUCAUUUGCACAAGCUAGUCACUUCAUCUAUAUUGAUGACAAUGUCCAGGCUCAAACCUUGAUGUGGCUGGCAAGCAAACAGAAGCCAGAUGGCUGCUUCCGAAGUGUUGGGACACUCUUCAACAACGCCUUGAAGGGAGGAGUAAAUGACGAGCUGUCGCUUUCUGCCUACAUCACCAUUGCCAUGCUAGAAGCUGGGCACUCUGGCUCGUACCCUGUAGUCCGAAAUGCCUUUUUUUGCCUGAAGACUGCAUCUGAGAAGAGUAUCAGUGAUAUUUACACGCAGGCACUCAUGGCCUAUGCUUUCUGCUUAGCCGGCAAGGCAGAAAAAUGUGAAUCAUUCCUUAGAGAGUUACAGAAAUCAGCAAAGGAAGCUGAUGGUUCACAGCACUGGGAGCAGAAGGAGAGGUCUCCAUCAGAAAAAUCCCCCUCUUUCCUUGACCAUGCCCCAUCAGCUGAAGUUGAGAUCACCAGUUAUGUGCUGUUGGCAAUGCUCUACAAACCCAACCGGAGCCAAGAGGAUCUCACAAAGGCCUCAGGGAUUGUGCAGUGGAUCAUCAGGCAGCAGAAUCCCUAUGGAGGCUUCUCUUCCACCCAGGACACAGUCAUUGCUCUUCAAGCCCUCUCUGCUUAUGGUGAGGCUACCUACAAUUCUGUUACACAAAAUGUAGUCAAGAUCGCUUCCAAAAAGCCUUUUGAGAAGGUAAUUAUUGUCAACAAUGCGAACAGGCUCCUAUUGCAAGAGACUCCCCUUCCUGAGGUCCCUGGGAAAUACAGCCUAACAGUGAACGGCAGUGGAUGUGUGCUUAUGCAAACGGCACUGAGAUACAACAUUCACCUUCCAGAGGGGGCCUUUGGAUUUUCACUCUCAGUAAAGGCAUCACAUGCUUCCUGCCCACUGGAUCGACCAGCAAAAUUUGAUAUUGUCCUCAUAACCCAGCAGCAAGCACAUGUGAUUCGCUCUAGCCUCCCCAUGCUGCAUGAGGCCAGGAGCAGAGAGCUGAUGUUUGCUUCCCCAGGCAUGGUCCAGACUGACAGAGGCUUCUGUCGUUUCAGUUACACAGGGAAGCGCAGCAGCUCCAACAUGGUCAUUAUUGAUGUGAAGAUGCUCUCUGGCUUUGUUCCUGUUAAGUCUUCUCUGGAUAAGCUCAUUGACAGUCAUACAGUGAUGCAAGUAGAAAACAAGAAAAACCACGUUCUCCUUUAUCUGCAAAAUAUCUCGCAGAAGAAAAGGAAAGAAAUCACUUUCUCAGUUGAGCAGGACUUUGUAGUGACCCAUCCCAAGCCAGCUCCUGUGCAGAUCUAUGAUUACUAUGAAACAGAAAAGUAUGCUGUUGCUCAGUAUAUGUCACCUUGCAAAGAGGAUGUUGCAGAAAUGGACUAA